GCACGGACAGGAAUUUCACUCCGAGCACUGACAGGUAGGAACACACCUCGAGUCACCAUAUGUGAGAAAACAAAAGUAAAAGAAGAAACGGAAGAGACGCCAGUCCGAACACAUAAAACAUAAACCCUGUAUAUUUAUCUCCGGUAACCUAUACGUUUAGAGAAAGAGAAGGGAAACACACCUCCAAAAUGCAUCACUGUGAAGAGAGAGAGGAGGACAGUAAGGAGAAAGAAGAGUGUGGUGCAGAACCCAGCUGUGUGUCAAUGAGGAGUGAUCAGUCCAUGCACAAACCCAUUUCUUUCCCCUCUGACCUCAGGUUUGUAUGUUCCAGUACAUCCCAGUAUCACGCUCAUGGCAGGCAGGACAAAACACUGGAGACUGGAGACCUGCAGAGACUGGAGACCUGCAGAGAUUUUGUGCUGGUCAAAGAUCAGCACAAAAUCAGCAUGAAGAACAAGUAUGAUAAGUUAUUUGAAGGAACCAAACUCCAAGAGAAUGAAACUCUCCUGAACAGGAUCUACACACAGCUCUACAUCAUAGAGGGAGAGAGAGAAGGAGUGAAUGAAGAACAUGAGGUUUUACAGAAGGAGAAAACAGCCAGAACACAACACUCACAAGACACUCCAAUCGAUUGCAAUGACAUCUUUAAAGCCUCUCCUGAACCAGGACGCCAGGAGAAAGAUCAAAUCAAGACUGUUCUUACUAAAGGCAUCGCUGGAAUCGGGAAAACCGUCUCUGUGCAGAAGUUCAUUCUGGACUGGGCCGAGGGAAAAGACAAUCAGGAUGUAGAUUUCAUGUUUGUGCUUUCAUUUCGAGAGCUGAACUUGAUACGAGAUCAUCAGUACAGUCUUCAUACACUUCUGCUGGACUUUCAUCCUGAACUUCAAGAUCUGGACUCAAAGAUGUAUGAGGAGUGUAGAGUUGUGUUCAUCUUUGAUGGUCUGGAUGAAAGCAGAAUCACACCGAUGUUUUCAGACACUCAGGAAGUUUCUGAUGUGACUGAGACUUCAUCAGUGGGUGUGUUGAUGUCAAACCUCAUUAAAGGAGAUCUGCUUCCCUCAGCUCUCAUCUGGAUCACCUCCAGACCAGCAGCAGCCAAUCAGAUCCCCUCCAAAUACAUCAACCGUCUGACAGAGAUUCAGGGAUUCAAUGAGCCUCAGAAGGAGGAAUAUUUCAGGAAGAGAAUCAGUGACGAGCAUCAAGCCAGCAGAAUCAUCUCUCACAUCAGAAGAGCAAGAAGCCUCCACAUCAUGUGCCACAUUCCCAUCUUCUGCUGGAUCUCCUCCACUGUGCUUCAGAAGCUCCUGGAAGAAGAUCUGAGUGCAGAAAUCCCUCAAACUCUGACUGAAAUGUACAUCCACUUCCUGCUGAUUCAGAUCAACAUGAGGAAUCAGAAGUAUGAAGAGAGAGAUCCAGAGAAACUCCUGCAGUCCAACAGAGAAGUGAUUGUGAAACUUGCUGAAGUGGCUUUCCAUCAGCUGAUGAAGGGCAAUGUGAUAUUCUAUGAGGAGGACCUGAUUGAGAGCGGCAUAGACGUCACUGACGCCUCAGUGUAUUUUGGGAUUUGCACUGAGAUCUUUAAGGAGGAAUCUGUGAUUCAUCAGAGGAAAGUCUACAGUUUCAUUCAUCUGAGCGUCCAGGAGUUUCUCGCUGCGUUCUAUGCAUUUUAUCAUUAUGCUAUCGAACUUUUUGACAAGUUGCAAUUUUGUGAUGUAGUACAUAAUCUGCACAGGGAUGCAACUAAUAAAGCUCUUGAGAGUAAGAAUGGACAUCUGGAUCUGUUCCUGCGGUUCCUGCUGGGAGUCUCACUGGAGUCCAAUCAGAGACUCUUACAGGAUCUACUGACACACACAGAGAACAGCUCAGAGAGCAUCAGGAGAACCACACAGUACAUUAAAGAGAAGAUCAAAGAUGGACAUGGACUCUCCACUGAAAGAUCCAUCAAUCUGUUCCUCUCUCUGCUGGAAGUGAAAGAUCAGACUCUGUACAGAGAGAUUCAGGAGUUUGUGAAAUCAGACAAACACUCAGAGAAGAAACUCUCUCCUGCUCACUGCUCAACAAUCGCCUACAUGCUUCAGAUGUCAGAGGAGGUGCUGGAUGAGCUGGACCUCAACAAAUACAACACAUCAGAUGAGGGCAGAAGAAGACUGAUACCAGCUGUCAUCAACUGCACAAAAGCUCUUCUUGCUGGCUUAAAUCUCAGUGGUCAAUUAUGUGAAGCUGUGUCAUCAGCUCUUCAAUCCUCAAAUUGUUUCCUGAGAGAGCUGGACCUGAGUAACAAUGACCUGCAGGAUUCAGGAGUGAAGUUGCUCUCUUGUGGACUGAAGAGUCCAAACUGUCAGCUGGAGAUACUGAGGUUGUCCGGCUGUAUGGUGACAGAGGAAGGCUGUGGUUAUGUGUGUUCAGCUCUGAGUUCAAACCCCUCACACCUGAGAGAGCUGGAUCUGAGCUACAAUCACCCUGGAGAAUCAGGAGUCAAGCUGCUCUCCGAGAAACUGAAGGAUCCAAACUAUAAACUGGAGAUACUCAAUUUGGACCAUGGAGAUUAUUUCAGAAUCACAGAAGGACUGAGAAAAUAUGCCUGUGAUCUCACUCUGAAUCCAAACACAGCACACACUCAACUCAUCCUGUCUGAGGACAACAGAAAGGCAACAUGUGUGAAAGAUCAUCAGCCAUAUCCUGAUCAUCCAGACAGAUUUGAGCUCCAGGAGCAGGUUUUGUGUCAUGAGAGUCUGACUGGACGCUCUUACUAUGAGGUUAAAUGGAGUGGCUCGGGUCAUGUAGCAGUGGCAUAUAAAGAAAUCUGCAGGAAAAGUGGGAUUGAUUGUUGGUUUGGACUGAAUGAUAAGUCCUGGAGUAUGUACUGUUCUGAUAUGAAUUACACAGUCUGGUUCAAUAAUAAGAGCACUGAUGUAUCUGGCCCGUCAGCCCGCUCUAAUAAAAUAGGAGUGUAUGUGGACGAGUCUGCCGGCACUCUCUCCUUCUACGGCGUCUCUGACACACACACACGCACACACAUAUACACAUUCAACACCACAUUCACUGAACCCCUCUAUGCUGGAUUUGGGGUUUAUCCCGAAUCUUCAGUGUCUCUGUGUCAGAUUUAACAACCUGCGAGGAACCACAGAGACACAUUUCAAGCAUUUUUCACUCACACAACAACAAAAAAAGUAAUUACAAUUGUCUUGUCUAUGCGAUAUUCUCACAAUUGUGAUUGUGACAUUGAUUAAUAGUCACAAUUGUAAGAAACAGAAUUGCAAUUGUGAGCUAUAUGCUGUCUAUUUGUGAAUGUUUUCCCUUUAAUUGAGUCAUGAUGUCGUUUUCCAGGUUUUGCUCACAUUGUUCCCUUUGCAACAUAAUUUCAUGGGAAAGGUAGGGUACACAUUUAGUCAUUGUGAAGUUAAUUCUCAUGUUGUAAUUUCAGAAAGUUUUAGAAUAUUUGUGCUUGUCACCUCCAAAACACAAUAAUAUAUGAUUUAAUAAGAAGAAGGCUUAUACUGAACUAUUAUGAUUUUGUUUACAUCUACCUUACAAACAUAUGUUUUGCUAUUGUACUAUC